AUGGUGACCCGCGAACUGGGGGAUACGGAAAGCGGUCGGGGAUUCUUAUAUUUGCGGAAAUACGGUAUUCGGGAAAUCGGCCCUACGAGAAAUGUCUCCAACGACAAGGGACCCGGCUGGGGACGAAGUUGUAACUGGGUCUGCAACAGAACUCCCCUGGAUGUAGUACAUUCCCCUGCAUCCGGGAUGAGCGUCGCAGUUUUGCCUGAAUUACGUUUGAGAGAAAAUCACUUGAAAGCAGCGAGAAGACGGGGAAUCCGCCAUGUGACUGACAGUUAUCCCGGCGGCAAACCAGUGCCGAACUGGAAUCCUGCUGCACGCUCAAAAUCCGAGCAAAAACUCCCGGGAACAGAAAAUGCUCAUGAACAUCAUUCCGACGAACAAUCCAUUUCAAUUUCGGCUGACGAGCGCCGGGAUCGGAUCAGAUCGAUUAUUUUCGCCGUCGAGCUUCAAAAACCGCUGGUGAUGUUUUCUGGAUACAAAACUGAGAAACGACCGGGCAGUGCGUCAUCAAUGGGAUCUCGAAGCGUCAGUUAUCACAGCUUAUGUCUUCAAGAAUCUAUCCCGGGAAAGAGUAGAAGCAGUCCUUUGUUGCCUGCUGUCACGCCGAAAAAUAAGGUGGUCGAGCUGAGAACUAAGCCGGCGGCUGUGGCGAAAGUUCCCGAUGCUAAAUUUCAAAGAAAAGCGCUGCCAGUUGUCAAAUCUCUCAGUUCUCAACGAACGAAAGCUUCCGAAUUUCCGAUUUGCGAUGCGCCUUCAGAAAAAGUCGAGCGUGAAGAUAAUUCAGUAGGAGUACCUGCCCCGUGUAAACCGAAGAAACUUCCGGAACCGAAGGUGGUCGUACGGAAAAUACCCGAAAAACCACCUCCGAGGCAUCCCAUCCCCAUACCCGCAGAUCACAUACCCGGGGUUGUGCCCAAGUACCUGAAAAAAAGACAGGCAAAGUGGGAAAAGGAGGAGAACGCGGAAAAAGAACGUCAGGAAAAGCUUCGGUUGGCUCCUCCAGGGUUUUCUGUCAUGUCGGAAGAUGAGAAGAUCGAAACGCUGGAAGGAUUGAAAAAAAAGGAGGAAGCUCUUGUUCGUGAGCUGGUGUCGUUACCGGUGCGCAUUGACACCAUGCGGAUCCAAAGAAGAAAACUGGAAAUAGAAAACCAGCUAAGCAAAAUUGAUGAGGGAAAUCCAAUGGAAGAACGGUUCCCCAUCAAAAGCUUGUUCUUCAGUGAAUUCGAUUAUUCGCUGGGUCCAUGUCUCACUUACCAAGUUCCCGAAGAAGGCGGAGAACACAUCUCGAAAGAGCUUUUCGAAGCCAUAAGCGUGUACAUCAUCCCGAAGCCGGACGUGCAAGGCACUGUUGUCACAGUGAAUGCAAUGGGUUACAAAAUCGUGGGCUAUCCGGUCGCCAUUCGAGACAAGAAGUACUUCCGCAAUUUCCUCAUGUUCAACCUGUGUUUCGUGUGUCGCUCAAAAGCCCGCACUGUGCAAUUCGAACCAGUAGUCAAAAAGUUGGCGGAAUACCUCAUGACCCUGGAAGCGGAACAGAAAUUCCUCAUCACGAAGGAAAAGAAAGCGCUCCUUCCGAAGUUCAUGACGAUGAUUUACAAUGGAUUAAAUUCCUAUACCGGUACGUGCAGCAUUGCCGUGGAUAACGCCAACACGUUUCAUUUGAAAGUGGUUCCGGUCCGACGAGAUCCGGCUCCUGUCGAAGAUUGGGAUGUUCCUAUAUUCUCUGAUAGAUACGCGUUAGCGAGGCCAAAGAAGUUGAAACUCGAAAAGUGGGACCUGACCACGGGCCAGAUUCUGCCCUUUAUUGACGGCUUUAACCACGUGCGGAAAAUCGCGGCUUUGGCCGACGUCGACGUGAGUUUGGUCAAGAAUGGGAUCCAGCACUUGGUCUACGACGGUGUCGCGAAGCUCGUGUCGGUGUUUCAAUACUCCAACAUGUAUGCUGCCACCCCUGAAUUGCACAAGCUCUACACCGACACGGAGUUGCAACAGGAGUGUUUGCAAACUGUGGCGAAUUUACCCCCGCGAUUGCCGCCUUUGAGAGACGUGUUCAAAUUGUACGGCGUCCUGAAACCCGGGAUGACGGUGAAGGAUUUGUGCGUGAGACACAACCCCCAGAUGCUGGGCAUAGACGAAAGGAGAUUCAUUCAGUUUGGAUUCCUGCAUGGACUAAUUCGAAGGGUUCAUAAAUUUCCUGUGCUACUUAAGGGGCAGCGGAAAAGAUCCACGGGCCCGGUUCCGGUCUGGUAUAGGCUUUGUGAUGGCACUUUAUCGGUGGACGCGAUUUGUUGUAAAACCGGUUUACCGAGCGGAGAAAUAUUGAGUAGAAUUGAAAAAGAUCCGAAUCUGGUCGUCGUGUGCAAAUGAGUUGCGUGAAGUUUUCUUCAUGAAACUGCGUUCAUUGAAAGCGGUAGUCGCGUCUACAGGCAGGGUGCCAACAAGUUACUGUGCAGUGAUUAAAUUUCCAUUUCAUGCAUUUUCCCCACCUGGUCCUUCGAAAAGACGUUUUUUUUUUUUCAAUAUAAUAGAUGUCACUGGCAGUCCAUGUGACGUGAUGAUUUUGUGAUGAAUCAUCCCGACCUACACCUACUCUCCGGUUAUUUCUUCGUGCUCAAUACCAUUGUUAUGGAAGUAUUAACUUGUUUAAUCCUUCCUGGGUGAAUUUAUAUCAACACGACCUCUUUUCUGUUUCUCUUCGAUUUCGAUAAAUCAUUUUCAAGCGUUCCCGAAUUUUUAAUUCAAAGUUGGAUGUGCUUCUGAUUGCGUUUCACCCAAGUUUUAAUGUUGAAACACCUGUAUUGUUCACUUUUCCACUGCAUAGUAACUUUUUGGAAUUUUUCUUUUUAACAGCUAGAUUACCAAGAAUAGCUUAAUUGAUGCUUCACCGAUGUUUUAGUCCAUUUGAGUAGAGGGCGCGCAAGUCUUGUGAUAUAUGCCGAUGGAUCAUUUCUGUGACAAGUUUGAGAUUGAGACCAUGAAUUGGAACACAGACUAUUCAAAGAUUUCAAACCCAGAUUGUAUUUUUGCAUUAACGUCACUCUUUUUACGAGUUUCACUAAAAUAAUUUUUACGCAACUUUUUGGAUGAUGCUUAUUCAAGUUGAGGUUUGUGUUUCAAUUGAAAUACGGGGGCGUGGACAAAAGUUCGGAUUCCCUUUUUUACGUGACCGCGAUCAUGAUGUGAUCAUUGCUUUUCCUAUGGUUAUUUGGGUGUAGGAAAAUAAUUUCAAGAAAUCCAAAUUUAUGAUCACAGUGAGCAGAAAGGAGAAAAGGAGUGAUUACAAACGUGAAUAAAUUUUUCCCGCCGUUUGAAUUCUUAAAAAAUUUAUAUUUCUCUUUUUUAUGCUCACGAAACGUGUAGGAACGUAUCUAAUUCUACGUGGAAUGGGAUUCUUUAUUAAACAUCAGUGCUUUGAUAACUCAAGAUUUUUGGAAUUUGUGUGUUUUGCGGAUGUUGGUGCUCUUGAGCAUAAUUCAUGUGAUCUCUUGA